GGCAUCAUUCACGACAAAGACAACGAGAAGCCGUCAAACGAAUCGAAUCUGACCCUAUUGGGCAUUCUGGCUCUCACUGCAAGAUUUCGUCCCGACUUGAUCGAACAUGUCGCACACAUUACACACCACAAGAUCGCGGGCCCAAGGUUUUGCGGUGCUCUACCCAGGCUGCAGCCAUCAGUAGCAUCAGAGUACUUCGCAAAUGCUCUUACAAAGGCACUGGGAGAAGUCGAAUCAGCCAUAACAUCGGCUACUGUCGUUCGAGUCCAAGCUUUUCUCAUGCUGGGCUUGUAUAAAUGGAGUCGGCCGAAUGGCGGCCUGGCUGCAUGGAUGUACGUUGACCUCGCCACGCGGAUGGCUCAAAUCAUGAAACUCGGAUCUGCACAAGUGCCCUCGCGUUGUUGGCAAGACCAGGAGUCGAGGCGCCGCACUAUGUUCAGUUGCUUGAUCCUCUGUCAGCUUCUGCCGUGCAGUGACGAAGCCUUCAACUUGGGUGGCGGCAUUCUCAUUCGAACACCGCGGCCUGUGGGACAAGGAAUCGAGGAAGAAUUCGAAGAUAGCGUUCUCGGCCGAUUCGUCGACCUGAUCAAAAUCUGGGGCGACAUCUCCAGAUACAGCCUUUUGGGCGGACGCGAUACUGAAAAGGAAGAAGGUACGCCGCCAUGGAACGAAAAGUCGACCUUCUACCAGCUCAGUCAGGAGAUAGACACCUUCUACACAGGACUUCCGGAAUGCUUCACAUGGUCCACCUCGAACUUCUGGAGACACUCUAACAGCAUAUACGUGUCAUUUCAUAUGCUGGCUGCUCUCUGCAGAAUCGUGCUGCAUCGCGAAUAUAUCCCCUUUAUCGCCAUCAACUGCGCCAGGCCGAUGGGCCCGAUGGCGGAGCUCGGAUUUGACCCCGGCGCUGCUCCCGAUGGCCAUUGGAAGCGAAGCGCAGAGCAGAUCUUCAAGGCUGGUAGGGAAAUCAUCGACCUUAUCACGUUAUGUCGGGACAGACUGCCCUAUUUGUCGUUGGUCUUAUUCGCCAUCAGGCAAGCAGCCUUUGUCGAGAUAUACGCAGCGCACUAUCCCCAUAUGGAUACUCAGAAUCACAUGUUCAGUGAGCAGGAAGUCGGAAGGCGGAAUUCGAGACCGAUGUCCGACAACUGGCAGCCAACCACCACUACUUACCAGGCACUGACAAAGGCUACACCUUACUUCAGCCUGGCGUCCAGUUAUGUCAUAUACCUGAAAAGCAUAGAUCAGUGUCUCACUCGAAUCAACUCCGACUAUAGAGAUGGAGGUUCUAGGCAGAGUAGAUUUGAUCCCUUGGGGAUUCGACGAGAUGGGCGUGGCGGCGAUUGGGACGGGUGA